AUGUCUUCCAGUAAUCCGACACCUCUUAACUUCUCCAUAUCAUCGAGACGCGCCGUUUAUGAUAAGGAAAAUGUGCCAGCAACACCAUCAACACCUACCCCGGCCACCCAUGUACCAAACUCUCUCAAUUAUGAGAAUCUACGUCUUGAUCCCUCAGCUAGGAAGAAGCUACAUCGAAAUGGAUUUGUGGCAACACCCAAAACGCCCUCGUACACGCCCUACUCGGUGGGUAGAAGACCGAAGAAGAAACUGAGUCUCUCGCCUCCAACUGUCCCUCCCCCCAAAGUGCUACCUCAAAAUCCGCUUCAAAACCAUGAAUGGAACGCCCUCGCACAUUCGAAGAAGCUAUUAGAACGUGGGCAAACGCUCAAAGCGUUCCAAAUCGAGGCAGCAAACACGGUUUUGCGUCGCAAUCAGGAUUUGGCUGUCAUAGCACCAACUGGAGCUGGCAAGUCCUUGCUGUGGAUGUUGCCUUUGCUUGCUCAGGGAAAGGGCACAUCCAUCGUUGUAGUGCCAUACACAAGUCUCGGAUUCCAAGGAGAACGAAGAAGUAGGUCAAGCUGCAUAGCUGCGACAUUCUUAUGCUCCGAAACCGCAAGCUACGAGACUCUCAAUCGUCUCAAUGCUAAUCGUGGCUCUCAGAUAAUCUAUAUCUGCCCCGAAAUGCUCGAAACACCGAAACUUGCACAGUUGCUUUCCAGCGAGCAAUUUCGAGCCCAACUCUCCGGGAUCUACAUUGACGAAGCCCAUACCAUUCACGAAAGCGUUUCGUGGAGGCCCGCCAACGCCAACUUACACAUGCUACGACGCGUUAUAGGGCUAGACGUCCCCUUAAUCGUCAUCUCCGCCACUUUACCAUCAAAAUACCGAAAAUCACUCGAAGUCUACGCAGGCCUACGUUCCCAAUACCACCUCAUCCACCUUGGGAACUUCAGGCCCGAGCUAUCAGUUAUACGACAACAUAUGAAGCAUCCCAAAACCUCCUUCCUCGAUCUCGCCUUCCUUAUUCCUCUGAACGCGACCGAUAACCAGUGCUUUCAGUACAUUUACCCAUGA